CGCAAAACCACAUGGAAAGUCGCCGGUGGAUCGCAAAGCGGUUGCUGAAAAGGCCCGGCCACACAGCGCACGUCCUCGCCGGCGCUCCUGCCGGUGCCGGUGCCGGUGCCGGGGCUAAGUAACCACCGGAACGGGCGCGCGACCCGUGUCGGGUCGGCCGCGUUCGUUUGAUUCGGUUAUAAUAGAGUAUUAGUUUAUUACUAAAUGAAAUGAUGGCAUGCAUGUGGUUAGCCAGGUUGACAGAAGUCACAGAACGCACUGCUCGACUCUAGCUGUUCCAGGCGGCGAGACGCAAGCGCAAGCGCAAGCGUUUUGUUGGCGAGGCUACAAAAGGCUGCUCCAGGCCAGCCGUCUCGUUCCAGUUCCAUUCAAGCGCACUGCUGGACUCCAACUCGACUGCUCUGCGUAGCGGAGUAGGCUGAUCAGAGGCGAGAUAUGAGGAGCGGCCGGCGGAUGGCGGCAGCUCUGGUGGCGCUGGCGUGGGCGCUCGCGGCUGUGGCUGUGGCGGCGGCGCAGAAGUACAAUGCCAUCUUCAACUUCGGCGACUCCAUCACCGACACGGGGAACCUCUGCACCAGCGGGAGGCCGUCGCAGAUCACCUUCACGCAGCCGCCCUACGGCGAGACCUACUUCGGCACGCCGACGUGCCGCUGCUGCGACGGCCGCGUGAUCCCGGACUUCCUCUGCUCCAAGUUCGGGCUGCCGUUCCUGCCGCCGUCCAAGUCGACGACGGCCGACUUCAAGGAGGGCGCCAACAUGGCCAUCACCGGCGCGACUGCCAUGGACGCGCCCUUCUUCCGCUCGCUGGGGCUCUCCGACAAGAUCUGGAACAACGGGCCCAUCAGCUUCCAGCUGGAGUGGUUCCAGCAGGUCGCGUCCGCCGUGUGCGGCGGGGGGCAGGCGCAGCAGGCCGACUGCAAGAGCUACCUGGCCAACUCCCUGUUCGUGUUCGGCGAGUUCGGCGGCAACGACUACAACGCCAUGCUGUUCGGCAACUACAGCGCGGACCAGGCCAGCACGUACACGCCGCAGGUCGUGGCCGCCGUCGCCAGCGGCGUCGAGAAGCUGGUGGCCAUGGGCGCCACCGACAUCGUGGUGCCCGGCGUGCUCCCCAUCGGCUGCUUCCCCAUCUACCUCACCUUCUACGGCACCUCCAGCAGCGCCGACUACGACAGCCUCGGCUGCCUCAGGAAGUUCAACGACCUGUCCACCAACCACAACAACCAGCUGCAGGCCCAGAUCUCCGGCCUCCAGGCCAAGUACAAGUCGGCGCGCAUCAUGUACGCCGACUUCUACUCCGCCGUCUACGACAUGGUCAAGAAUCCAGGCAGCUACGGGUUCAGCACGGCGUUCCAGACGUGCUGCGGGUCCGGAGGCGGCAAGUACAACUACCAGAACAGCGCGCGGUGCGGCAUGCCGGGCGCCUCCGCGUGCUCCAACCCGGCGGCGCACCUCAGCUGGGACGGCAUCCACCUCACCGAGGCCGCGUACAAGCAGAUCACCGACGGCUGGCUCAACGGGCCCUACUGCCACCCGGCCAUUCUCCACAGCUAAAGCGACAGGGGGGCCCAAUUAAUUAUUAAUUAUUAUUAUUUGUUGUUUACGUUGCCGGGAGAGAAAAACAAAGUGUCUCAGCAACUGCAUGCAUGUGUUCCUGGUCCCUCACUGCUAUGACUUACAGAGUAUUAUAUAUUAGUACUAUGUAUACUGGUCCUCAUUUACAAAUCAAAUGGUAUAGGGUUUUCU